AUGUUUUUUCCUGUGCAAAAACGUUCUUCUUCGUCGAGUCUGAUCCACAAAAUUCGCUCUUCCCUCUCAGCGGUCUCAAACUCUUCGAGGGAAAACCAAGACAGGGCCUCUUUUGGCCACGAGACUUGCACCAUACGAAGGCGCCAUACGAAGACGCCUUCCCUUCAUAUUCCCAAGCAUUCAACCAUAAACAUCAAGGACAGGUUAAGCAAAUUCGGAAGCGAAGCAUACGAUGAGGAGAUGAAGCUAUUGAACAACAUAACCUGGCUGAGCGAACUAGUUCUAUGCAAAGACGGAAACAUGAUAGACGCAGGGGGAAACAAGGGCCGAAUGGUCAACAAGAAUAUGCGUGGAAUGCAAGAGCUUAGACUUGGAACGCAGUCGAUUACAACAUAUGUUAGCUGGAGGAUAGAAGGACGAGAUCAGCGGGUAUUAUCUGAUGGCGAGCCGCAUCCCGCCUGGGGUCUCUGA